GUUUACGGCCAAGGGUCUGGCCUGGACUGUAGGCACCAUGUCCAGAAGUUAAACUUGCUGCAGGGUGAGGCAGAGGAAGCUAUUGGUUGGACAUCUCGGUGUGUAGAAGAAUCUGUAAGUGACGGCAAAAAUAUAGCAGCCCAACAUGAAGACAGUUUGGUCCAGCAGGAGGAAAGGGCAGAAGUCAGUCGCUGGAGUAAAUACCUGGACAAGGACAGUGAAGAUCAGGAAGACAGGGAGGAAGAGGCAGGUGCAGAAAGGCAACAUUUCUGUUCCCGGAGGAAGAACGCUGUGGAAGAACAAAGGAAACACCAGAAGAGCUUCCUCUCCAGUGAUCUUCAAGAAUAUGCAGAAGAAAAUGGAGUUUUCCAGCUUGCCUACCAAGCCAAAAAGCGCAAGAAAUGUUUAGUAGCAGCGCCUGAUCAAGGUGAUGGAGAUGCUGUUUCUGGAGACAGUAUGGUUCCUGCUGUCUGUGAGUCCGUAGUGCCUGAGGAGAAUACUCAAACCCCAACUGCUUGUACCAAACCCUCGAAGUGGGAAAAAUUUCUCUCACAUUCUGACAGCAAUAGCAAAAAUGCUGCCAGGGUCACCUUGUCACCACAGGAGGGCAGUGGAAGGUUGGGGCUGCACAGCACCACUCGGCUUGCCUCGAAACUGCCUGGCACUGUGGUGCCCAGCACCAGUUGCUCAGUUGAGGAGGGCGUGUUGUUCAAAGAGCCUCAAAGCCAAUUGGAAAGGGUGGGAUCUGGUGAGGAGUUUGAUGAUGAUCUCUAA